CCACAACCCAAUAACGUACAUGUCAUGAGACUGUGCGUGCCUGGCUGUAUGGGAGAGAUGAGCAUCGAUCAAUUCGACCGUAACCUUGUACUUGACUGGAUAACUCGCAUCUCGAAGAAGUAACUCUCUCAAAAAUUCAUCUCCCAACGCAGUAGUUGAACUGCGGACCUCUCUGUUCAACGAACCUCUCCAGUCUAAAAUUGAGAACAAUUGAGCUCGUGCUGCUAAUUAAGUUGUGAUUUUAUAUCCAAAAAUAGAGAACGGGAUGCAGCAGGUUUCAACAGUGGUGUUCGUCGUGGUGCUGUUGUCAUUUGCAGUGACCGCUCAGCAGCAGCAGCAACAAUCAAAUUUCAACGAUCAGGUCAGCAACAACAAUGUCGAUUACCAGCAACGUGCCCUGAAUCGUAGGGCGCAACAACAAGGCUACUGGCCGACGAACUAUGAGGUUACGCAGAAGCCAAGGAGGACCCAUUAUGGACAGACGCUCUCGAGAUUUUUUGACUCUCCUGCUGCUGGAGCCCCGCAAUAUGCGAGCUCGACCCCACCACCGGGACGUCAAUGGAAUAACAGGAACAGGUGGAGUGCGAGCACCCCACCUCCGAGAGAUGCACAAGGCCGUGUCCGAAUGGGAGUCUCGAACGGGAUGUGUGACAAUGCAAAGACAAAUUUGACUGUGGAUUGGGACAUGUCUCCCGUGAAUCACACAUGCUACCAUCCCGAGAACAGAUUCCCGGUUGACGACUCUCUCGCACCGCUCCUGCAAUGUGACCGGCUACCUCCAAGAUAUGUCCCCGGACAUUUGUGCAUGAGUGAACGAAUCCACUACCCGGACAACGUCCCGACACACGGAGACCAUCGCCCACUGUGGCCCGUAUUUGGAGAGUACAUCUUCGUUCCGAGAGAACGCUGGUUGCACAACAUUGAGCAUGGAGCCGUGGUCAUGCUGUAUCAUCCUUGCGCUCACCCUGCAGAAGUUGCCAAGCUCAAGAAACUCGUCAAGAGCUGUAUUGGAAAGCACGUCAUUACGCCGAGCACCUUGCUGACUCCGGAACGGCCUCUGGCCCUGGUGGCGUGGUCGUGUCGGCUGCUCAUGUCCUCCGUGGAUGAAGAUGCGGCUCGAGGGUUCAUUCAACAGAGGGGACACAAAGGUCCGGAAGGAACUUAUCGAAAAGAGGGCCAGUUCACGUUUGGACUCCUGCAACAAGCAACCAUGACUGGAAAUGGGGCCCAGUUCGGCUAUUCCAGGAUCCAGUGUGUCCCAUGAGGAGGAGAGACAAAUACUGAUGAUGGCGACCCAUGAUUUCUUAUCAAAACUCUCUUGUCAGAAUCGUGCACAUUUAGUUUAGUAGCAAAAAUUAGUGUAGUAACAACUAUCCCAAAGUUAAGUUAUGGAUUCUUUCUGAUCACCCAUUUUUUUCGGGACCUACUUCCCAACUCUGUACUCAUAUUAUGUGCACAAUCAAUGACUUAAUUAAGUGACUGCUAGAUAUACGACGGAUGAGGUGUGAUAAUCAGUAAUCUGUCCAAGAAUCUAACUUUUAACGGUGCUCAUGACAAGAAGUUGAAUAUACUUAAUAAAUAUUAUAUUAGUAACGAA